UCCAACAAUUGCCACGUCUGGUUCAUAUUAUUGGGCCUAUAGCCUAGGGUUUGGCCCACUGGCCAGAUCCAACAUAAUCACAUACCCUUCUUGUUCGAUCGAACCAACAAAAAAGGGCGCCAAGUAGAGUUGUAUCAAGUCAAUCCUGCAUAAAAUUAAUGGCGAUCGAGUGUCUUGUUCUAGGUGCAGGACAGGAGGUGGGAAAGAGCUGUGUGGUAGUAACCAUUAAUGGGAAAAAGAUCAUGUUCGAUUGCGGGAUGCAUAUGGGUUACGUUGAUCACCGUCGUUACCCCGAUUUCUCUCGCAUUUCUAAAUCCGGCGACUUUGAUAACGCUAUCUCUUGUGUUAUCAUCACUCAUUUUCACUUGGAUCAUAUUGGAGCACUUCCAUACUUCACUGAAGUUUGUGGUUACACUGGACCCAUUUACAUGACGUAUCCUACGAAAGCUUUGGCUCCGCUUAUGCUGGAUGAUUACAGGAAAGUGAUGGUUGGAAGGGGAGAAGAGCAACAGUUUACGAAUGACAACAUCCUUAAUUGUAUGAAGAAAGUUACUGCAGUGGAUAUAAAGCAAACUGUGCAAGUUGAUAAAGACCUUCAAAUUCGUGCUUACUAUGCUGGACAUGUCCUUGGAGCUGCAAUGUUUUAUGCAAGUGUCGGAGAUGCUGCUAUGGUUUAUACGGGAGAUUAUAACAUGACACCUGAUAGACAUCUUGGUGCAGCUCAAAUUGACCGACUUCGUUUAGACCUUCUUAUAACAGAGUCAACAUAUGGGAAAACUAUUCGUGAUUCAAAAUAUGCUCGGGAGAGAGAAUUUCUUAAGGCUGUCCAUAAUUGCGUUGCCAGUGGAGGAAAGGUGUUGAUUCCUACGUUUGCUCUUGGAAGGGCUCAGGAACUCUGUAUAUUAUUGGAUGAUUAUUGGGAGCGAAUGAAUCUCAAGGUUCCUAUCUACUUCUCUUCAGGUUUGACGAUUCAAGCUAAUUUGUAUUACAAAGUGCUCAUUAGUUGGACUAGCCAGAAGGUGAAAGAUACAUACGCUACUAGGAACGCAUUCAAUUUCAAAAACGUUCAGAGCUUUGAACGCUCGUUAAUACAUGCUCCUGGACCAUGCGUUCUUUUUGCGACACCUGGCAUGCUUAGCGGCGGAUUUUCACUCGAAGUUUUCAAGCAUUGGGCCCCAUGCGAAUAUAAUCUUAUCACACUUCCCGGGUACUGUGUUGCGGGAACCGUGGGUCACAAGUUGUCUGAUAAGACCACAAAAGUCGAUGUGGACAAAGAUACACAGAUCGAUGUCCGCUGCAAGAUUCAUCGAUUGUCUUUUAGCCCGCACACCGAUGAAAAGGGAAUAAUGGAUCUUGUCAACUUUCUAUCUCCGAAGAACGUAAUACUUGUACACGGGGAUAUAAUAAACAUGGAUCAUCUUAAAGGAAGAAUCGAAUCCGAACUGGGAAUACACUCCUAUUGUCCGUUAAAUAACGAAACCGUAUCUUUUCCCACAACCCAUUUUGUUAAAGCCGAUGCCUCGGUUAAAUUUAUCCGUAGUUCUUUGACGCCAAAUUUUAAGUUCGGAAAAGAUGAAGCUACGGAAAUGGCCCCAGUACAGGUCUGUGACGAAAGGGUAACCCAAGGGAUUUUAACGAUGGAGACGGGUCAAAAAGUCAAGAUUUUACACCAGGAUGAGGUUUUAACCAUGGUUGGAGCCGAACAAACUGAAGUUGAGUUUGCUUAUUGUUUUCCGUUAAGUUUAUGCAGGUUGAAGGGUCAUGUUACGGAUGACAACUCGUUGAUUCGCAUUGUAAGUGGAAAGAUAUCGAACGAAGUGGUCGAAUUUGGGGUACCGGAUGACAUGGGGGUUAUUCAGGUGAACUCUUUUCGUCUUGCGGUUUGUAAGAAUGAUAACUGUUCUUUUAGAAUUAGUGAUGGGUCUACGGUUAGCUCUGACGGUACGUUUUUUUGCUGUAAUUGGUCGAUUGCGGACAAAGAUCUUGCUUGGAGAGUUAUAUCUGUAAUGAAGAACAUGGAUUCAAGUGUUGAUUCUGUUUCUGUUGCUUUGUAAAAUUUUACUUCUUUUUUUUUAAUUUAUGUAAACAGUAUUUUGAUGCUGAAAUACUCUAUUAGUGGGUAAAGCUUCAUUUUCUCAUUU